UCGUGAAUAACUUCAUAAUUAUAUAACAAAAAAUGUCUGGACGUGGUAAAGGAGGAAAAGUUAAGGGAAAGGCAAAGUCCCGUUCAAAUCGUGCUGGAUUGCAGUUCCCAGUGGGUCGUAUCCAUCGUCUGCUCAGGAAGGGAAACUACGCCGAACGUGUUGGAGCUGGAGCUCCUGUUUACUUGGCAGCAGUGAUGGAAUAUUUGGCAGCUGAAGUGUUGGAGUUGGCAGGAAAUGCCGCUCGUGACAACAAGAAGACCAGAAUUAUCCCACGUCAUCUGCAGCUGGCUAUUCGUAAUGACGAAGAAUUGAAUAAGCUGCUGUCGGGUGUAACUAUAGCUCAAGGCGGAGUUUUGCCCAACAUCCAAGCUGUCCUGCUACCCAAGAAGACCGAGAAGAAAGCUUAAAUCAACAACGACAUGGAACUGCACCAAAAUCGAGAACCCAACCGUCCUUUUCAGGACGACAACAAAUUUCUAAUAAAGAGUUACAUUGAUUGGUUUUCUAAAAAUCAAUCCACAGCAAUCUCCAAGGAGAGCAUCUGUUUCCAAACCGAUAUGAGUGAAUCAUUUCACCGAGCUCGGAAUAUUACCCUGUUGAGCCCAACCGAGGCCGGAGACCGACAAUGGACCUUUUCUUUCUAACCCACGUAAGUCCCUGCAGAUCGAUAGUGGACUUUUCUAAAAAUCGAUUUCUGACUUAUGCUUUCUAAAUAUGCUUAGCUUUCUCCUGAUUAAUUCUAGCUAAUAAUCAUAAGUUCAAUGUUUUAAACUAUUGCAAAGCAUCAGCUCACAACGAGGAAUGUUUCAAACACUGCUUCGAAAUGAAAUCGAAUCUCGGUUAAUCAAAUCGAUAAAGGCAAGCAGUAUUAUUAUACGAGUAGAAUGUAGCAGAAAUGGGUAAUACAUGCUCGUUUUACUCAGGUAGUUGAGAUGGGCCAAAUUACCAGGUAUACCAGCUGCUAAAAAACUACAUUUCCAGAAUUUUCUUUCCUUCCAUGCAUACAUCCUUCGCCACGUUGCCAUGAAUAAGAUCAGGAUGGGAAGCAAAGGAUAAUGAUUGAAGUACCAUUCUCAUAAAAAAAAAAAAAAAUCACCAGCAAUUCACACUUCCAAUGAUAACAUUGUGUCGAGCUCCGGACCUAGUACUGAAUCUCAUACAAGACUCGUUAAACAGCUUUGCCUUUCAGUCCUUCCGUCGAUAGUGCAGAAAAGC